AUGCUCAACUGGGCAACCGAGCUUAAUGCAUUUGAUAUUUCGUAUGAACCGCGGAAGGCUAUAAAGGGACAGGCUUUUGCUGACUUUAUUGCAGAAAUGACUAGGCCACUCUACUUGAAAAACAAAAAGACUCAGUGGGUGGUCCACGUGGAUGGUUCUGCCACCCAAAAUGGGUGUGGAGCCGGCAUUAUCUGUGAAUCACCAGAAGGGGAUGUAUAUGAAUAUGCAAUGCGUUUUAACUUUCAGACGUCAAACAAUGAAGCUGAAUAUGAAGCUUUGAUAUGCGGAAUCCAAAUGAGCAUAGCAGCAGAGGCGGCAGAGGUCCUGGUUUUAUCCGACUCACAGCUAAUUGUUAGUCAAGUAAAGGGAGAAUAUGAAGCCAAGGACGACGCCAUGAUAAAAUAUUUGGAAAAGGUCCACCAAGAAGCUCAGCAGCUGACUAGCUUUGAAAUACAACACAUACCCCGGUCUGAAAACAGCAAAGCAGACACCUUAUCCAAGUUGGCAAGCUCAGCAUCUUGCGACACACCACGUCAUGUAUUUUGGGAGGUAAAACAGCCCAAGAGCAUUGACGUCUUGAGAACAGACAUCUUAGACCGAACGGCCACCUGGAUGGAUGAUAUUGUCAAUUUCAAAAUGAAUGGAGUGCUCCCUGGUGAUCCCACGCAGGCAGAAAGGUUACAAAAGAAAUGCACCUGGUUCGAGAUAUGGAACGGGACUCUAUACAAACAGGCUUUCUCACGGCCUCUUCUUCGCUGCGUAACCCCAGAGAAGGGGCAUGAAGUAUUGGAAGAUCUCCAUCAGGGAAUAUGCAGCUCGCACAUAGGGGGGAGGGCCUUGGCAGAAAAAGCUCUAAGAACUGGAUACUAUUGGCCCACUCUCAAAGAAGACGCUCUAGACUUGGUCAAGCGGUGUGAUAAAUGUCAACGCUUUGCUCAUCUAAUUCGACGGCCAGCUCAGAAACUAACACCAAUCACCAGCCCAAUACCAUUUUCCAAAUGGGGGAUGGACCUAUUAGGCCCUUAUACGACGGCACCAGGAGGACUACGCUAUGUGAUAGUUGUCGUCGACUACUUCACCAAAUGGGUAGAAACCGAAGCUCUGAAAAACACUAAGGCCUAG